AUGGCCACCGUCCAAAUCCUCGAUGGAGGCCUCGGCACUUCCCUAGGCGAUCUGUACAAUGUCAAAUUCUCAUCCUCCGCCACGCCCCUCUGGGCCUCCCACAUGCUAGUCAGCGAUCCCUCAACGCUAGAAGCAUGCCAGUCCGACUUCGGACAUGCAGGAGUGGACAUCCUCCUCACAGCAACCUACCAGGUUUCGCAGGAGGGCUUUGCGCGCACCAAGACCGCAGAAUACCCAGAUGGGAUUCCGCGAUCUGCAAUCGCGCCUUAUCUGCGCACAGCAGUUGAUGUCGCGUGCCGCGCGAAAGUGCGCGAGAGCGCCAGUGUGGCGCUUAGUCUGGGCCCGUAUGGGGCUUGUAUGAUUCCCGGACAGGAAUAUAGUGGUGCGUAUGAUGCGGACCAUGAUUCGGAGGAGAGUUUGUAUGUUUGGCAUUUGAAGAGAUUGAGGAUGUUUGUGGAGGCGGGUGUGGUGGAGAAGUUGAAGUAUGUGGCUUUUGAGACUUUGCCGCGACUUGAUGAGGUGCGGGCUGUGAGGCGGGCGAUGGGUGAUUCGGGGAUUCAGGUGCCGUUUUGGAUUGCAUGUGUCUUCCCUAGGGAGGAUGAGUUGUUGCCGGAUGGGAGUGAGGUGAAGGAUGUUGUGCAGGCCAUGGUUGGCGCUGAGGGGGGACCGAUUCCCUGGGGCGUUGGAAUCAAUUGCACGAAAAUGCACAAGCUUACUGGGCUUGUGGACGCCUUUGGCCGAGUUCUGAAGGAGACUGUAGGGGAUGAUGUGCCGAGUCUAGUGCUGUAUCCCGAUGGAACAAAUGGGGAGGUUUACAACACUACGACGCAGGUUUGGGAGAAGCCGAACGAGUGGAACGACAAUGUGAGUGACAAGCGACCUUGGGAGGUCCAGCUGGCCCAGGUUGUCAAUGAAUCAUACGAGAAGGGCCAUUUCAAGUCUUUCCUCGUUGGCGGAUGCUGCAAGGCCUCGCACCAUGAUAUUAAGAGGCUUGGAGAGCAGUUUACCGCCAAUUAA